GUGUGUGUGUGUUUGUGUGUGUUUGUGUGUGUUUAUGUGUAUGUGUGUGUGUAUAGAUACAUUCGUAUAUGUACAUGUGUUAUCUAAGCAUCUUUAUACGAAUGGACGUACGAUACAAACACACCUUCCUUCUCUUGGUGUUGCACAGUGUUGCAGCACUCACGGCAAGUCAGUCGUCCCAACCGAUGACCCAGGCGACGAGAAACCGUGCGAGGGAGUGGGCGUUUGUGUCCUUUCUCCUGCAGCUGACCUUUCCCGCUGUGACCUGCUGACGAAGGACCUGACGUGCCCCGCGAAUAGAGUUUGCUGCGUCAGGAGGGAGGGAACGUUGGAUUGGAGGAGGUUUGGUAGAGGGACAGAAAUGAAUCGGAACCUUUACCCAAAGUUUCGAAAAAAAUCAAGGAAGCGGAGGUCUGGAGAUGAAGCGAAUGAAAUGGAGGAAAUAACACGGACUCAGAGGAUGGAAAAUAAAGAGGAAAUUAGAGAGGAUCACAAAAAGGGAUCGGUUUCAAAGCCUGCUGCAAGAAACGUUGAGAAUAAUCGGCGGGAAUUCGGAGGAAGAAGCCAGAGAAAGGGGAGUCAGGGUGGAGAAGAGAGGACUGUGGAAAACAAAGAACAAGAAAAUAGAAUAAAGGACAGUAAAAAGAAAAGGGACAAGAAGAAUAACGCCAAUAAGAAGAAUAAUGACAACAAGAAGAAUAAUGACAACAAGAAAAAGGACAAGAAUAAGAAUAAGGACAAGAACAGCCAGCAUCCUGGUGUUCCUAUAAACAGCUUAAUCACACUCACGAAUGAAAAGGACCCGACCCAAGGCGCGUCUGCCACCUGCCCGGCAACCGAGUGGUGUCGCAUGCUGGGGGGUCGCUGCGUCGCCAUCAACCUCGCCAACGCCUUCAACUGCGACCGGGUGAACAGGGCGUGUGCAAGUGCCUCCAAGUGCCGGUGCUGCAUCGGGGAAGGGUUGGCUGCCAGUGGGAGUGGAGGAGGAGAAGCGGUUUCCGGAGUGGAGGUCGUCCCAGGCAGCGACGACCGCUGGGGAUACUGCCCCUCGACUGCCUGGUGUGAUGCCCCUGGCCGCGCGUGCGUCACACCGAACGCCGCUAACUCUUUCAACUGUGAUGCGAUAAGUGACGAGUGUGGAGGGACCUGCUUCUGUUGCGUUGGGGGGACACUUGGCAACUCUCACGUGCGCGCUGGUGGAAGUGGCAGAGCCGGUUGGAGCUCCACUGCAGGCAGCACGAAGGAAGUGGGAUUUAGGAAUACACAGAGUGGCACAAUAAAUAUCAAGGAGAAUAAUACGAUAAAUCAAAGAAUGGGAAAAAGUAGUAGGAAUAAAAAAGGGGAAACCAAGAACAACAGAGAACAACAAUACCCAAAGCAAGGGAAGAACACCGGGCCGAUUAGAGAAAGAAAAGGAAAUGGUACCGGGAAUAACGGGGAAAAUGACAGAGAGGGGGGUAAUAAGCAUGGAAAGAAACAUAAACAUGGACACAAGCCCAAAGGCAACGGAGACAAAAAGGACAAGAAAAAGAAAAAGGAAAAGAACAAGAACGAGAACGAGGACAGCAUAAUCAUGCAAACAAAUGAGAAUGACCCAUCCCUGGGCGCGUCUGGCGCAUGUCCGGCAACCGAGUGGUGUCGCUCGCUUGGCGGUCGCUGCGUCGCCAUCAACCUCGCCAACGUGUUCAACUGCGACCGGGUGAACAGCGCGUGUUCAAGCAGUUCCAAGUGCCGCUGCUGCAUCGGGAAGGGGCUGGCCGGCGGCGGAACCGGGGGCGGAGAGGCGGCGUCCGGGGUGGAGGUCGUCGCGGGGAAUGACGACCGUUGGCGCUACUGCCCUCUGACUGCCUGGUGCGGCGUCGCUGGCCGUGCGUGCGUGUCCGCCAACGCCGCGAACUCCUUCAACUGCGACGCGGUGACUGAUGAGUGCGGCGACGACUGCUUCUGCUGCGUCGGAGGGACACUUGGCAACUCUCACGUGGGCGAGGGUGGAACCGGCGACGCUGACGGGAGUCCGCUGGUCGAUGGACCAGCAGUUGUGAGUGAAUACAAUAGAAAUGCAAAUACUGAUAUUGCUGAAGACACUUGGGGAGAGGAAGGAGAUGGCGAUGCAAGCGGGAGUGGGAAGGCCUGCGGGCAGAGUUGGAAGUGCGCCCGGCGGAAGGGGGUCUGCAAGUCCAAGAGCCUGGGAGAGUGCAAGAGGCUGGAAAAAAAGUGCGGAGGAAGAGACUGCUAUUGCUGCAUCAACGAAGAGGGAGAAAUGUCCGAGUGCGACCAGACGAAGCCCUGCUUCGAGGAGGGCGGACGCUGCGCGCAGAGCUGCGGUCCUCACGACGCAGAGCGGUCGGGAUUAUGCAAGAAUAACUGUUCGUGCUGCGUUGCUCCAGAGAGCGGAUCAAGUAAUAGACAAAAAUCCACGGGGAUUCAUCAGGACCAGAAGAAAGAAAACUCUGGCGGCCAGGGGAGUCGGGGAAGACCCUCUGAGAGCAAAAAUAGAUUCCAGACUGCACUUGCCACUAAAACCACGAGAGUGACGCUCACAGAGGGCGAGGGACGAUGGGCGCAGGCAGAGGCAGCGGCGUCCUGCCCCACGGACGACUGGUGCUGGGCCCUCGGGGGUCGCUGCGUCCCCAUCAGCCUCGCCAACGCCUUCAACUGCGACCAGGUCAGCAACGAAUGCUCAAGCGAGUCGAAGUGCAGGUGCUGCAUCGGCGAAGGGCUGGCCGCCGGCGAGGAGGUCUCCGGCGUGGAGAUCGUCUCCAGCGACGACGACCGCUGGAGCUACUGCCCUCUGACUGCCUGGUGCGGCGUCCCCGGGCGCGCCUGCGUCACCGCCAACGCUGCGAAUUCCUUCAACUGCGACGAGAUAGCUGACGAAUGCGGGAAAGGGCGAUGGCGGAGGCGACUACGGAAGUUCCCCUGGUGA